UGAUCCUUCUUGCCUAUCUCUACCCGUUUGUUUAGCUUUCAAAGGUUAAGCAAUUGUAGUGUAUGUGCAGAGAACAGUUUCAGUUUCGUCAGUUUCUUUCUAUUCUUCUCUUCUUCUUUCAUUCAUACUUGGAACUUGCAAUACUACCCCAAUGGUUGAUGUUGAGUCGUUUCCCUUACUAUACGAUUUUAAAAAGGGUAGAUACAAGCGGUUCAUGAGAAAAUAUGGCAAUGUCAUUGGUAUAGCCAUCAUUUUCUUAUCGGCCAGUUGCAUAUGUUUAUACUUUGUAUCAAAAUCAGAUGGGCCUUUGGAUAGCCCAGUUAAAUAUAAGGGCCGUCUGAUCAAAGGAACCAAAGGCGCCGUUGCUGUUGAGGCAGAGGAAUGUUCCAAUAUUGGCGUUGAAAUCUUGAAAAAAGGCGGAAAUGCUGCUGAUGCAGCUAUUGCGUCUGCACUUUGCAUUGGUGUUAUAGACAGUUUUGCUACAGGCAUCGGAGGAGGUGGCUUUAUGCUUAUCCGAUCUCCCAACGGUACAUUCGAGUGUAUUGACUUUCGAGAAACUGCUCCAGAAGCAGCCACGCCGGACAUGUUUGUUAAAGAUCCACGCAUGGCCAAAGUUGGAGGCUUAUCUAUCGCUGUCCCGGGUGAGAUCAGAGGUUUAGAGUUGGCACAUAAAAGGCAUGGACGAUUGGCAUGGAAGGACUUGUUUGAGCCUUCUAUAAAACUAGCACGUUCAGGUUUCAGCGCCACGAAAUUACUGGAGGUUCGCGUCAAGGCUGAGGAGUCUUGGAUGGCAAAUAGCACAGAGUGGUCGCAAGUCUAUUUACCUAAAGGUGCAGCUAUUAAAGAAGGAGACAUAGUUAAGAGGCCUCAGCUUGCUGAUACUCUUGAGCAAAUUGCUAUAUACGGAGCUGAUGCAUUCUAUGAAGGGGAAAUCGCCGAAUCUCUUGUCAGGACCAUACAGAACGCGGGCGGAAUGAUCACUUUAAAGGACCUUAAAGAAUAUCAGCCAGUUAUUAGACCUACGUUGAGCACUUAUUAUAAUGGUCGCAAAGUAACCACUUGCUCACAACCUACCAGUGGCCCUAUGUUACUAAGUGUCCUGAAUUUGCUGGAACGAUAUCAAUUCAAAGCGGAGGAUCUCACAAAUCUGACUAUUCAUAGACUUAUUGAAGCUUUCAAAUUCGGUUUUGCAUUCAGAACGGAAAUGGCUGACCCUGACUACAUAGAGAACAAGAACAGAAUCAGAGAAAUGCUUACCAAAGACUAUGCAUCAAAAGUGCGUCAAAGAAUCACAGACGACACAACACAUGAUCCUUUAUAUUACGGACCAAAAUAUGAUCAUAUUGAAUCACAUGGAACAAUGCACUUAUCCGUCGUGGAUGAGAAUGAUGGAGCCGUCGCAUUGACAUCGACAGUUAAUUUAGUGUUUGGCUCUCAUAUUAUGGAUGGCGAAACAGGCGUGGUUCUUAAUGAUGAAAUGGAUGAUUUUUCUAUACCAGGUAUUCCCAAUGAUUUUGGUUUGUAUCCAAGUCCAAACAAUUAUGCAGGACCGAGUAAGAGGCCUCUUUCAUCAAUCACUCCAACUAUUAUUGAGAAGGACGCUAACUUCGAAAUGGCAAUCGGUGGUUCGGGUGGAUCUAUGAUUCCUACGGCAACAUUAACAGCAAUGCUCAACCUGCUAGAUUUUGGAAAGGACCUUUACACUAGUAUUGCCUCGCCGCGAGCUCAUCAUCAGUUACUACCAAAUUUAGUCAUACUGGAAAAUGGUUAUUCAAGGGAUAUACAGCGUGAACUUGAGCUAAAAAACCACAUCACUUUAAGAAUUUCUCCUGAAUAUUCAGUUUCUGCGGUUCAGGCUGUUAGGCGUUUGUCUGAUGGCAGUGUUGAAGCCGCCAGCGACCCUCGGAAGAUGGGUUUAGCUGCCGCUUAUUAGCGUAGUGCACGUUAAUAUAUAUCCCUUCAGUCAUGUCUAAUCAAACUUAAACUUUGCGAUCAUUGUAUUAUAAUUUGAUAUGAAGCAAUUUAUUUCCAUUAACUUAUAAUAGCAAAUUACUAUCACUUUUAAAUAAAUUCUUAUGCAACA